AUGGACUCCGAGUGCAAAUAUCUGUUCAAGAUAAUCUUGAUUGGAAACAGCGGUGUCGGGAAAACUUGCCUGAUGAAAAGGUACACGGACGAGACAUAUAGUUUUACACAGUCAAGCACGAUAGGCGUGGAUUUCAAAAUAAAGUCCUUAGAGGCUGAAGGGGAAAAGGUAAAGCUUCAAAUAUGGGACACUGCAGGACAGGAGAGAUUCAGAGCAAUUAUAUCCAAUUACUAUAGGGGAGCUCAUGGAAUUAUUAUAGUGUUUGACAUGGGAAGCAAGGAGUCGUUUGACAAUCUUGGAGACUGGCUGGGCGAGGUAAGAAAGAAUACAAACGAGAAUGUUGAGAUGAUCAUUUUGGGAAACAAAGUUGAUGACAAGGAAAAAAUUGUGGUCACUGAGGAGGAGGUGGAAAAGUUCCUGAAUGAAAAUGGUAUUGAGAAAUCAUCGUUUUAUAUGACUAGCGCAAAGGACAAUAUCUGCGUCAAUGAUAGCUUCGAGUAUCUAACCAGAAGGCUUAUUGACAAACAUAAGAAAAUAGGCUUUGGCAGUGGAAAAGAAUCCUUUAAGCUUAAUAUUGGGGAUUCUUCUAGAAAAUCCUGUUGCAUGUGA